AUGAAGCAGCUCAGCGGAUCCUGCCACUGCGGUGCCAUCGCGUUCACCUUUUCGACCCAUGCGCCAGCGCCCUUUAUGCGCUGCUACUGCUCCAUCUGCCGCAAGACGUCUGGCGGCGGCGGCUACACAGUCAACAUGCUUGGGCAGUACGCAACGCUCAAAGUCACCAAGGGCAAGGACCUAACGGCUCCAAAGGACCAGCAGGUGCUGUGCCAGGACCGGUUCUUUUGCCCCACAUGUGCCUCUAUUUUGGUUCUACCGUAUGCGUCGUGCAUCGAUACGGAGCUGCCAAAGCCCGAGCGCGCCACCCACAUCAUGAUGGGCAGUGCAGCCAAGUGGGCCGUACCUGAAGACGGCGAGAGGUACGACGAGUAUCCGCCAUACUCGCUGGAGGAGUGGCAUAAAACCCACGGCUACUAUGUUGACUAA